CCACCAUUAUAGGAGCAAACAUUUAUCUCAGAGCCUGAUGAGACCUACAUUGCAAGAUGAUCAAUCCCCUAUCCCCACCUCAAAAAGAAGGAAAUAAAUGGAGAAAAGAAAUUAAAAAACCUCAAACCCAAUCACACCCAGUCGAUUGUCACCUUCACAUCUCUCUCUCUCUCCAAGCUUGGCCUUCUCCUCCUAAUUCAAUUCCUCCUCUCCGUUGCCACUUCAUUUCCUAGAGACCAACACCCAAUCCUCGUACUCACAAAAGCUACCCCCUCGAGCUGAAAGGAUCCAAUACCAAAUUCUCUGGAGAUUUGAAGGCCUCGGUGGCAUUGUGGUUAUCUCGCCCAAAAUGGGGAGACACUCCUGCUGCUACAAGCAGAAGCUAAGGAAAGGCCUCUGGUCCCCGGAGGAGGAUGAGAAGCUCCUCAAGCACAUCACUAAGUAUGGCCAUGGGUGCUGGAGCUCUGUGCCCAAGCUAGCAGGUCUUCAAAGGUGUGGAAAGAGCUGCAGAUUGAGGUGGACAAAUUAUCUGAGGCCUGAUCUCAAGAGAGGCUCUUUUUCAAAGCAGGAGGAGAACCUCAUCAUCGAACUCCAUGCGGCCUUGGGCAACAGAUGGUCUCAAAUUGCAGCUCAGCUGCCUGGGAGGACAGACAACGAGAUUAAGAACCUGUGGAACUCCUGCAUCAAGAAGAAGCUAAGGCAGAGAGGCAUUGAUCCCAACACCCACAAACCACUUUCUGAGACCAAAGGCGGAGAGGAUAAGGUCCUCACAAUCAGCGACAAGACUUCCGGAUCAAACGAGCUGAAGCUUCUUGCCCCCACCUCAGGGAAUUUAAGCUCAAUAGUUCCUCAGCCAGCUCCUCCAUCGAUGUCAAUGGCGGACAGGAACCAGACUGAGAGGUCAAGCUCGAAGAAUUUCGUAACAUCCACCAAAGAUUUCUCUCUAGACCAGUUCGCCGCCGCAAGCCAUGAGAGCUCCAAUUCAAUGGACUACUUUCCCCUUCGGAAUUCAGUUUACAGUCCCAACUUAUCGAUGCACCAAAAUCUGCCUCUCUGGUUUAAUCAGAAUUCGAGGCUGUUCGACAUGAAUUCCGAGUUAAAUUGCGGCAUGAAAUCGACUGCUGUUCCAUCAGGCUCCAGGCCGAUCGUCUCGACCUCCAUGGAUUUAAAGCCCAUAGUUAGCAUUGCAGAGGAGGACUCUCUCCCAGGUUUCCAGUAUUUGGAGGCCGGCAACUCUAGCAACAACAGUGCAAGUACCGGGAACCCUAGCAGUGGGACUGAGUUGCAGAGCAACAAUUCUCUCUUUGACAGCAGCAUCUUCCAAUGGCCAGACCUGCUACUAAACAAACAAGCUCAAAUCCAACUCGGAGCGGAACCGGAGGACCUCAAAUGGUCUGAGUACCUUAACGGCGCCAUCUCUCCAUCCACGGAUUUCCAAAACCAAAGCCAACUUUUUAAUGGUUCUGUCAAAGAAGAGAACCAGUUUUUGACUGAUGGGUUGAGCUCAUGGCUGCAACCUCCUGAAUUAUUUGGUAAGGACCUGAAGAAAAUUUCCACAGCUUUCAAACAAAUUUAAAUUAGCAAUACGCGUGCUAGUCCUUGUGGAGCCUCUAAUUCAUAGAGUGGGAGGGGAGACAUACAGAAGCAGUCCUUGUUCACAAGAGUUGUCAACUUAGAAACGCUUGAAAUAAGAAAGAACGGCUUCUUCUAAUAACUUACAGUGGGUGCACCACAAAAUUUUUCUCAUGUAAAUAGGCUCUCGUGAUAAAAAAACCUUAGCCCUUAUUGAUCUUUGAUGGCCGUGAGAUUACAAGUGCUGAAUAAAGCUUGUUUCAGUAAAUGUUUUUAUUUUUUUAUUGGAUUUCAUCAUUUCGGAACUCGCAUAUUGAUAGUGUCUCAUGUAAACAAUCAUGUAUGUAUAACAAGGUACGGCAUUAGAUUACGGAGACAAGGUUCGAACUCAGGACCUCUGCUUUGAUAUCAUGUUAAAAUUACCACUUGUCCUAAAAGCUUAAAUUGA